CAGUCCAAACAGACCACAUCAGGUUUCAUUUGAACGAGAGAAGGGUUUUGCCCUUCAAAACCCUAGCCGCCCCAUCCUCUCUCCUCACAUCGCCUAUGCCGGAAAUGGAAAAAAGGAGGGCCCACUUGGAGUUUGAGAGUGUUGCAUAGCUGAGAAUGGCAAGAACAUUUAUUGCUCUGCCAUUUUUCACCCAUUUUCACCGAGGUCCAACCCAAACAUGGUACAGGGAGACAGACAGGUGGUCCAGCUCAGUAGGACCUCUAGAUCUAGCAGUGGUCAGUACUCUCCAUUCGAUCCGGAGUUAUAGUCAGUUUUGUCUUUGGCAACUUAACAAGAAAAGAAGCAUGCGCGAUCCAGCAGGCCUUCCAAUUCUCACUAUGAGGGAAAAGGCAAUGACAAAUCGACACAGGUGGACAGUUCAUGGAAGGGAGAGUUCAGAUGCAAGCCAUAUGCUGUAUAGCGUGCAGCGAUCUAAUGCCCUUCAGAUGAAAACUCGACUAGAUGUUUUCUUGCCAAGCAAUGCCAUUGAAGAUGUCCCUAUUUUCCAAGUUAUUGGAUCUUAUCAUUCUCACUCAUUCAAAGUGCACAGAGGCCAAACUCUGCUUGCUGAGGUGAAUGACAACUUCAAACUAGGAAGCUUUCUAUGGAAAGGCAAGGAAAGCUUUCAAGUCAGAGUUUAUCCUGGAGUGGAUUAUGCAUUUAUCAUCUCACUUCUUGUGAUCCUUAACGAAAAUGAUGUCUAGAAGACGUGUUAUAUGUGCUUGUAAUUGGUAGUCUAUUUGGUGGCUUCUUGUGAUACUUCAAUCUACCUGUGUGAGAGAGGAUGUGAAUAAAUUUAGUCCUACUAAAUACGGAUCUUUGUAAGUUGUGAUUGGUCUAGAUGACACGUGUCCUUACAUUCAGAAAGUUUUAAUUAUGUCCAUUCUAUUUGUCUCACAA